CACAACACAACCACCAAUAUUCCUAUAUCUUUAGGGAAGCAGUCACAAAUAAACUUUCCAUUCAUAGACAAUCCAAAGAAAAAAUGGAAGAUGAUGACAGCAAAAAACAGCGGGUAUGGUAUUUGUCCGACGGUAAUCCAACACAGGAGGAAAGGAUUAAAGAAUAUGAUAAUUUCUGUUCUACAUAUGAACAGGUUCUUGGAGAAGAGGGUUGGCAAAGUCCGUAUAUUUGUGCAGAAACAGUAGGAACAUAUAUAACUGACAACCGAGACAGAGUGGAAAUACUUGAUCUAGGAGUUGGAACUGGUCUGGUUGGAAAACGCCUGCAUGAGCUUGGAUUCCGUAUUUUUGAUGGAAUUGAUCCGUCACAGGGCAUGCUGACCUUGGCAAAACAGAAACAGAUAUAUCGCAACCUUUACUGUAAAUUCUUUACAUCAGAACCUACAAAAAUUAAAGAAGGUUCGUAUGACGCCAUUUGUAUAUCUGGUGCUUUUGGAAAAGGUGACAUUCCGGAAGACUCAGUGUACGAAAUGAUAAGACUUGGAAAACCAGGUUGUAUUCUUUGUUUUGUUGGAAGAACAGUAGCAUUUGAAUUAUUAUUGCCAUUAUUAGAAACAUUGGAAAAAAAUAAACAACUGAAGAAAGAGGAAAUUACAGAAACACAGAAAUAUAGAAAAGAUACUCCAGCUCUCAUUAUUGUGUACAGAAUCAUAAAAGACUAAUUGCGCAUUUUCUUCUUUAUGUCACUCUUUCAUUCUGAUUCAAGCUGACACAGCUUUAAGGUCAAAUGACUGGUUUCCGUCAUUUAGCUUCCGUCUUCGUCUGUUAACGUUUACUUUUACAAAAACAUACUAUGUCAAAAUAAACUAAAUUUAACUGCC